AUGUACCAAAUGAAUGCUAAAAUGCACUUUAGAUUCGUUUUUGCACUCCUGGUGGUAUCUUUCAACUCCGAUGUACUGGGCAAGAAUUUGAAAUACAGGAUUUAUGAGGAGCAGAGGGUUGGAUCGGUAAUUGCAAGACUAUCGGAGGAUGUGGCUGAUGCUUUAGUUAAGCUACCUAAUCCUUCUACCGUUCGCUUCCGAGCCAUGCAAAGGGGAAAUUCUCCUCUACUCGUGGUCAACGAGGAUAGCGGGGAAAUCAGCAUAGGGGCAAAAAUUGACCGCGAACAACUAUGCCAGAAAAACUUGAACUGUUCCAUAGAGUUUGAUGUGAUCACCCUACCCACUGAGCAUCUGCAGCUUUUCCAUAUCGAAGUUGAAGUGCUGGAUAUUAAUGACAAUUCUCCCCAGUUUUCAAGACCUCUCAUACCAAUUGAGAUAUCAGAGAGUGCAGCAGUUGGGACUCGUAUCCCUCUGGACAGUGCAUUUGAUCCGGAUGUUGGGGAAAAUUCCCUCCACACGUACUCUCUCUCUGCCAAUGAUUUCUUUAAUAUCGAGGUUCAGACUAGGACGGAUGGAGCGAAGUAUGCAGAACUCAUAGUGGUUAGAGAGCUGGAUCGGGAGCUGAAGUCAAGCUAUGAGCUUCAGCUCACCGCCUCGGACAUGGGGGUGCCUCAGAGGUCUGGCUCAUCCAUACUAAAAAUCAGCAUUUCAGACUCUAAUGACAACAGCCCUGCUUUUGAGCAGCAGUCUUAUAUAAUACGGCUCUUAGAAAACUCCCCCAUUGGCACUUUGCUGCUAGAUCUGAAUGCCACUGAUCCAGAUGAGGGCGCUAAUGGGAAAAUUGUCUAUUCCUUCAGCAGUCAUGUGUCUCCCAAAAUUAUAGAGACUUUUAAGAUUGAUUCAGAAAGAGGACAUUUGACUCUUUUCAAGCAAGUAGAUUAUGAAAUCACCAAAUCCUAUGAGAUCGAUGUUCAGGCUCAGGAUUUGGGUCCAAAUUCAAUCCCAGCUCAUUGCAAGAUUAUAAUUAAGAUUGUGGAUGUUAACGACAAUAAACCUGAAAUUAACAUAAACCUCAUGUCCCCUGGAAAAGAAGAAAUAUCUUAUAUUUUUGAAGGGGAUCCUAUUGACACAUUUGUUGCCUUGGUCAGGGUUCAGGACAAGGAUUCUGGGCUGAAUGGAGAAAUAGUUUGUAGGCUUCACGGACAUGGUCACUUUAAACUUCAGAAGACUUAUGAAAACAAUUAUUUAAUCUUGACAAAUGCCACGCUGGAUAGAGAAAAGAGGUCUGAAUACAGUUUGACUGUAAUCGCUGAGGACAAGGGGACACCCAGUCUCUCAACAGUAAAACAUUUUACUGUUCAAAUCAAUGAUGUAAAUGACAAUCCACCCCACUUCCAGAGAAGUCGAUACGAAUUUGCAAUCUCAGAGAAUAAUUCGCCAGGGGCAUACAUCACCACCGUUACAGCCACAGAUCCUGAUCUUGGAGAAAAUGGGCAGGUUACAUAUACCAUUUUGGAGAGUUUUAUCCUGGGAAGUUCCAUAACUACAUAUGUAACCAUUGACCCAUCUAAUGGCGCCAUCUAUGCCCUCAGAAUCUUUGAUCAUGAGGAAGUGAGUCAGAUCACUUUUGUGGUCGAAGCAAGAGAUGGUGGAAGUCCAAAGCAACUCGUGAGCAAUACCACAGUUGUGCUCACCAUCAUCGACGAAAAUGACAACAUCCCUGUGGUUACAGGACCGGCACUGCGCAAUAAUACCGCAGAAAUCUCCAUCCCCAAAGGGGCCGAAAGCGGCUUUCAUGUCACAAGAAUAAGGGCAAUGGACAGAGACUCUGGUGUGAAUGCUGAACUCAGCUGCUCCAUAGUAGCAGGUAAUGAGGAGAAUAUCUUUGUAAUUGAUCCACGGUCAUGUGACAUCCAUACCAACGUCAGCAUGGAAUCUGUUCCCUACACAGAAUGGGAGCUCUCAGUUGUCAUCCAGGACAAAGGCAAUCCUCAACUGCAUACCAAAGUCCUUCUGAAGUGUAUGAUCUUUGAAUAUGCAGAGUCAGUGACAAGUACAGCAAUGACCUCAGUAAGCCAGGCGUCCUUGGAUGUCUCCAUGAUUAUAAUUAUUUCCUUAGGAGCAAUUUGUGCAGUGUUGUUGGUUAUUAUGGUGCUGUUUGCAACGAGGUGUAACCGAGAAAAGAAAGACACUAGGUCCUACAACUGCAGGGUAGCGGAGUCAACUUACCAGCAUCACCCAAAAAGACCCUCCAGGCAGAUCCACAAAGGGGACAUCACAUUGGUGCCUACCGUCAACGGCACUCUGCCCAUCAGAUCUCAUCACAGACCGUCCCCUUCUUCAUCUCCUACCUUAGAAAGAGGGCAGAUGGGCAGCCGGCAGAGUCACAACAGUCACCAGUCCCUCAACAGUUUGGUGACAAUCUCAUCGAACCACGUGCCAGAGAAUUUCUCAUUAGAACUCACCCAUGCCACCCCUGCUGUUGAGCAGGUCUCCCAGCUUCUUUCAAUGCUUCACCAGGGACAGUAUCAACCAAGGCCAAGUUUUCGAGGAAACAAAUAUUCCAGGAGCUAUAGAUAUGCCCUUCAAGACAUGGACAAAUUUAGCUUGAAAGACAGUGGCCGUGGUGACAGUGAAGCAGGAGACAGUGAUUAUGAUUUGGGGCGAGAUUCUCCAAUAGACAGGUUGCUGGGUGAAGGAUUCAGCGACCUGUUUCUUACAGAUGGACGAAUUCCAGCAGCUAUGAGGCUGUGCACGGAAGAGUGCAGGGUCCUGGGACACUCUGACCAGUGCUGGAUGCCACCUCUGCCCUCACCUUCCUCUGAUUAUAGGAGUAACAUGUUCAUUCCGGGGGAAGAAUUCCCAGCACAGCCGCAGCAGCAACAUCCGCAUCCGAGUCUCGAGGAUGACACGCAGCCGGUAGAUUCCGGUGAGAAGAAGAAGAGUUUUUCCACUUUCGGGAAGGACUCGCCAAACGGUGAGGACUCUGGGGACACCAGCACGUCCUCUCUGCUCUCGGAAAUGAGCAAUGUGUUCCAGCGCCUCUUACCCCCUUCCCUGGACACCUAUUCUGAGUGCAGUGAGAUGGAUCGAUGCAACUCUCUGGAACGCCGGAAGGGGCCUCUGUCAGCCAAGACGGUGGGUUACCCACAAGGGGUGGCGGCCUGGGCGGCCAGUACGCAUUUUCAAAACCCCGCCGCCAACUCUGGCCCCCCACUUGGAGCUCAUUCCAGUGUGCAGCCUUUUUCAAAAUGGCUGCCGGCCAUGGAGGAAAUCCCUGAAAACUAUGAAGAGGAUGAUUUCGACAACGUGCUCAGCCACCUCGGUGACAGCAAACAUGAACUCAUGGAUGCCAGUGAGCUAGUGGCUGAGAUUAACAAACUGCUUCAAGAUGUCCGCCAGAGCUAG